AUGUUUAUUGAUCCAGGUCGACAUGCGGAGGACGUCUUCGGGGAGCUGUUUAACGAGGCCAACAGCUUCUACAUGCGCAUGAACAGUUUACAAGAGCGCGUCGACCUGCUGGCGGUGAAGGUCACACAACUGGACUCCACAGUGGAGGAGGUGUCCUUACAGGACAUCAACAUGCGGAAAGCGUUCAAGAGCUCCACUAUUCAGGACCAGCAGGUGGUGUCCAGAAACUCCAUCCCCAACCCUGUCAUGAAGAUGUACCAGCGCUGUGACAAACCACCUCCUCUCAACAUCCUCACGCCAUACAGGGAUGACAAAAAAGACGGGCUCAAAUUCUAUACCGAUCCAUCCUACUUUUUUAUCCUUUGGAAGGAAAAGAUGCUGCAAGCCACAGAAAACAAGAGGAAGGAGAAACGACGGCAGAAGCAAGAGCAAAAACACACGGAGGAUCCCGCUCGCGAGGUAAAGAAAGUGCGUAAAGCUCGUAACCGGCGUCAGGAGUGGAACAUGAUGGCCUACGAUAAGGAAUUCCGUCCGGACACGCGACUAACACCGUCUCCUUACCAUAACAUGUCCUCUGAGGGAUCUCUGUCUCCAGAUAGAUCUGGCAUGUCAGAUGAACACUCGUACCCAGCGAGUCCCAGCCACCCACUGGAAGCAGCUGGGGCAGGAGCUGAUGGGAAAGACGCUGGCCCCACACAGACUCAGUCCCUGGACCGAGUGUACCGGCCCCCAGCCUCCUCCACCGCCGCUGCAGCCCGACAGCACUCUCUAGGACGCGUUCAGACCCACCACGGACCCCCACAGGCAGACUCGUCCCUCAACGGCCCCUGGCCAACAGCUGCCAAAGAUUACAGGGAUGACAAAAAAGACGGGCUCAAAUUCUAUACCGAUCCAUCCUACUUUUUUAUCCUUUGGAAGGAAAAGAUGCUGCAAGCCACAGAAAACAAGAGGAAGGAGAAACGACGGCAGAAGCAAGAGCAAAAACACACGGAGGAUCCCGCUCGCGAGGUAAAGAAAGUGCGUAAAGCUCGUAACCGGCGUCAGGAGUGGAACAUGAUGGCCUACGAUAAGGAAUUCCGUCCGGACACGCGACUAACACCGUCUCCUUACCAUAACAUGUCCUCUGAGGGAUCUCUGUCUCCAGAUAGAUCUGGCAUGUCAGAUGAACACUCGUACCCAGCGAGUCCCAGCCACCCACUGGAAGCAGCUGGGGCAGGAGCUGAUGGGAAAGACGCUGGCCCCACACAGACUCAGUCCCUGGACCGAGUGUACCGGCCCCCAGCCUCCUCCACCGCCGCUGCAGCCCGACAGCACUCUCUAGGACGCGUUCAGACCCACCACGGACCCCCACAGGCAGACUCGUCCCUCAACGGCCCCUGGCCAACAGCUGCCAAAGAUUACAGCGGCCAUCAAAUCCUGGAACAUUUCAUCCCGCCUGCCCCUCCUCCACCUCCUCCCCUCAUUCCUUCCUCCCAGACCGCCUUUGACAGCACGUCUGGACCUCAGUCACUGGCUCCGGGGACAGUGGUCUCCCUCUCACGGCCCUACAGCCCGUCUCCUCCUGCAGCUCCUCUCUCAGCCUACGCCGCUUCGCCUUCACAUGCUGUAAUGGGGGGCCCACCAGUGGCCCCGCCUCCUCCCCCUCCAGGACCCCCCACACACACCCCAUCCCCAUCCCGAAUAACACACCUGUCUGGAGAGUCUACUCUUCCCAGGAAGGGCCAGGUGUCUCUCAUCCCCAUGAGCGAUGCCCGGAGCGACCUGCUGGCUGCCAUCCGCAGAGGUAUCCAGCUUCGUAAGGUGCAAGAGCAGAGAGAGCAGGAAGCCAAGAAAGAGCCAGUGGGUAACGACGUGGCCACAAUCCUGUCCCGACGCAUCGCUGUGGAAUACAGUGAAUCAGAUGAGGACUCUGAGCCGGAGGAGAACGAGUGGUCCGAUUGAGGCUUGGGAGGAGAGAUCUGCGACCAUAAUGCUGCUAUUUUCCAUUCCUGCACAUACUACACACUCCUCAUGCGGUCAGAAGGACCUCAGAUGGGGCUACCGAGGAGAUCAUGACAGACAGAGAAGGAAGGAAACAGAAUUUGUGCGAUGCAAGGUGAAGGACACAGGGCAGGUGCAAAAAUAGACAGAUGACAAAAGAGAGUUUGGUGAGGUAAGCACAGGAACUGUUAGAAUACAGUUUGUCUCAUUAUUGUAAUGUAAAUUCAACAUGCUAGCAUUUCUUUAAGAGUCACCAAGAAAAUACUUAUUGAAAAAAAGGCGUUCUGGGAUUUUGAUUAUAUAUUUUUGGUAGCUGUCCAGAGAAUAUAGAGAAAUACUUAUCUAUCUUUUGUGGUACACGAAAAUGAUGGUCAACAGUGGUAUUAGCACUUGUAUUAUUAAUUUUAUGUUACAAAUCACUGCCACAGUAUGGUUACACAAACAAAUUUGUUGUGGUAUCUCUGGCUUGCUUCACGUGAGAUGCCCUGAGUACAGUAUGGACAAUCAGAUCAUCGCUAUAGUAUCAAAGUACAUUUCUCCUUCAAUAUCACAACUCUCCAUUAUCCAAAAUUUGUCACUUUGUUCACUUGUGGACAGUGUUGUGAUGAAUAUUCAUACUCCAAUUAAGCAGUGAGCAAAUUUCUUGAUGCUUUCAUUGUUUGCUUUUUUUUUAUUUCUUAAGGAACAGAUGUGGCCAAUAAUUUAUUACUGCUCGCAGUUUACUAAUCGUGUGUGUGUUUGUGUGUUGUGUGCCUAAAG